AUGGUAAAAGGGCGCUUUAUUAUGAACCCAUUCACGGAGUUGGCUCUCUCGGGAAAUGAUCACUCGCAACUUGAGACAUUAGCAAAGACUUUGAUCAUGUCGAACCUUGAGAAAUACUUGGCAUAUCAGGACGAAAAGAUAAAAGGAGUGGUGGAUCCACUCCGGUGGAAGCUGUAUAAACAGCAUCAAGGAGUUACGAUAUACGUUGAGCGACCAGGCUGUACUUCAUGUAGUGAGCAUGUUUCUGGCAAUGACUUGCCGUUGAUUCGGGGCAUUGGUAACGUGGAAGGUAAACUUGACGAUCUUAUGUACGGUCUCGUAAGUCCAACGCUCGAGAUGAUGCGUGUCAAGGCCUCGUAUGUUGAAGACUUUAGCGGUGCUGCAGUGCUCGAUAGCAUUGUCGAGCCUUCCCUGGAGGAUCCUUUCCAAGCUUUAGUUGUCAAGUGGAUGGAGAUUGACAUUCCGUUUGCUUCAACAAGUCUCGUCAAGAAUCGCGACUAUGUGUACAUUGAUGCAACGGGCUUUGUGCGUACCAAGAACGGUGAGCGGUUGGCAUAUCACCUUAUGCACUCGGUGAAUUUCCCCAAGACGCCAGACCUACCGAACCGAAUCCGUGGCAAACUAUCAUCGGUGGCAUUCUGGCGGCAGACCGGACCUAACGCUAUAGAAUUCUUUGGUACUGCCGUCAUGGACCCAGUUGGUGCUAUGACGAAACUGAUUGCUGUUCCUACCAUAGGUGGUCUCUUUUUCUCUACUUUAAAGUAUGCUUUUUGCGGUCAAAUGAAGAAAUUGACGUUCAUGCUUGACAAGAAAUAUGCUGAAUCCAAGCUGCAAGGUAUACCCCAGAGGAAGAACGUGUGUGUCACGUGCUCGAGUCCAAUGACUGGUAGACGACUUGGCAACUUUGGCAAGAGCAAUCAUACGUGUAAACUCUGUUGUGGGUUUGUAUGUCACGGCUGCAAGAUCAUUCAUAAGCUUAGCUUUAUUGAUUCUGAUUUGCUUUUGUCGCAGCGAAAGGUGACAUUUUGUGCCUCGUGCAUUAGUGAAUCAACGAGGAUGAGUUCGAGUACUACAGCUCGUACUCAAUUGGUAGCUAGUGGUACAAAUAUUCAAGGACAGACAAACUCGAGAAUGCAUUUGUUUGAUUUAUCAGACAGCAUUCAUUCGAAUAGUAUUGUCUAUGAAUAUUAG